AUGUAUUCAAUUUAAGAAAGGCAAGUUAAGUUCAAAGAGAAGUUGAAUCAGAACCCAGAAAUGAUUCCGAUCAUUUUGGAGAAACAUCCCAGAUCUAAAAUUUAAGGCUUGAAAAACUAAUUGUACAUUUAUCUCUAUAAUUUAAUCCAAUUUCGAGAUACAUUAAAAUGCACUCUAUAGAUUUCUCCUAAGCAAUCUCUUUACUUUCACAUAGGAAAUUAGUUGUUGCCUGAAGGUUUGGCGGAUAUUUAUUAGAAAAAGAAGGAUCCAGAUGAUGGGUUCCUAUACAUCACUUACUCCGAUUUAGAAGUCUUUGGGUUCAUAUCUAAAUGA